GAGUCUGCCAGUUGUUCAGAAAAUAUUAAUAAUUUAAAAACUGAUGAUAAUGUACAUAACAAUACUUUGGAGAUUGCUAUUAAUAUCUCUCAUUCUAUAUGCCAAUGUAAUACUACAAGAAUUCACAAUAAAUGUCACACUUAUACUAAAGAUCCACAAGCAUUGGGUGGUAGAAAAGAAAAUGAUUUAACCUUAGUAGUGAAAAGGUUACUUGAAGAGUUAUUUCUCAAAAAAGUGUGUUCCUGGAAUCCUAAAGAAUUUACAAAUAUGGCAGUAGAAAAAAAGUUAUGUUUAGAUGAUAAUCUUAUAGAAAACAGAGUAAAAUUGUAUAGAUGGAUUAGUAAUCGAAAAAUUCAUGCAAAGAAUAUAAACAAUGUUAAUACCUAA